AUGCAAAAGUUAAAUUUAUUUGCACUCUUGUCUGGUAUUGUAACACGGAUAUCAGCCACAUAUCAACUGGAUCCAACUAAUGAGUCACCCGCACAGUGUAAAAUAAGAAAUUUUUUAUUGUUUUCAACAUUUACACUAUCAACAUGGUUUAUUGCAUUAGCAUCAAUCGAUCGCUAUUUUAUUAGUUGUCAAGAUGUUAAACGUCGUCAACUAAGUGGUUUAAAAAACACUUAUUAUCUCAUUGGAAUUUUAACACUCCUAUCAAUAAUAAUCUAUAGCGAGAUGUUUUAUUGUUUUCAAGCUAAUCUUUCAGCUCCACCAUCACCAUUACCGUGUUAUUCUAAAAAUUAUCCAUGUCGGUUAUAUAAUGAUUUAACAUUUGCAAUUAUAUUUGUACAUUUGGGCGCAACGAUUGUUGAAAUUUAA